AGAGAAUAAUUCAAAUUGGAUUGGAGAACAUGGAAAAGUGUGCCUUUUCCAUCGCGCAGUCGCCUUCACCUUGGUCUGGUGGUAACCUCCCGGAAAAUGCCUGGGGAAACAUGGGGAUGCCUUUUGCAGUCACCCCUCUUGAGCGCACUUCAAUUGAAUCGCAUAUUUCGGCGUGGUGUUCUAUUGGAAGGCGAGUGGCAGCCGUGUGUACGAAAACCGCCCCACUAGGAUUGGAAGUUGUUCACCAGCAUCCACCAUCAGUUCACGUAUAUGGACCAGAGUGUAUUGAUUUCUCUCUGCACGCAUUUCUAGUUCGAUUUCGUGGAAUAAGUAGGACAUUUCUCUUGUGCGGUGGAGAGAAAAAUUUGUGUACAGCCGUCCGUGGGUAUAAGUGAGGUCCCAAUUGUGGUGCUGAGGUGAUAACAAUUGCAGAGAUUGCACUACUUUGUGGCUAAAAUCUCAGGUGAUGCGAGGAUGUGACGAAAAAUGCCCGCGAGUGAAAUUUUCGUUAAAAUAUGGCCACCACGGCUAGGCAUCAGUGAGAGCCUUCCAUUGGCGGCCCAGAUCCUGUGGUGUCUGCUGUAGUUGCGCCCCCACAGUGGUCUGAGUGUUUUUUGCUUUCUUUUUUUAAAUUUUAUUACUGUACGAUACCCCAUCGAGACGAAAAUGCAACCUCGACAAGCCCUAGGUCCCACAUCAUCAUCCUCAUCAACGGGAAAACAAGUUGUCGAGCUAAAUGGUUACGUUAUCAUUCUGGUGGAGGGAAGAGAUGGGAAAAUUAAAUUGUACGGGUCACCCGCCGACAAGGACAAUCUCGAAGUUGCCGACGAGAUUUUGGAUAUCAACGAGAGGAAGCUGGAGGAUCUCCCACGAUCGGAGGUCAUCCGGCACAUUCACGAGUGCAUUCAGUCUUGCAUGAUAAAAUUACGAGUGAAGAGAAGGAGUGAUUCUCGAUUGGCCGGUGAACUUGGAAAUGCUGUUCAAGAUGCCUUCGUCAUUGCUGUGGAACAACAGGCCAGGGAGCGCUUGCAGCGACUGUCAGCUCUCAAGAGAAUCACUCCUGUUGACAUGUCACAACUAUCAAUCAAGCUAAAUCAACAGACAAAGGGAGCCGUGUCGCAUGAUUUGAGUUUCUUGAAGGAAGCAUCUCCCAUUUAUGUGACUUCAUUCACUGGCAAUCACGUGACUGGUACGACAACAACGACAGUGACUACCGUUGCCAAUUGCAUAACUGGGACCAACAACAUAUUGCCAAAUCAACCGCCACCAUUGAACAAUAAUCAACCAUCGAUUGGUGGAAAAGCGACAAGCGGAGGUGGUGGCAUUUCCAUUGAAACCACAGCGCAAAUAAAUCACCAUCCAGUGAAUCACACGAUCAGUCAGAUUGGUGUUCAUGCACCAUCAGCAUUGACAAGUAAUGUGCAGCAGCAACAAGUGACGACAUCUUCAACGAACAAUCAACAAUUCAUAAAUAAUAAUCCUAAUAUAACACUUAAUAACAAUAAUAGCAAUAAUUGUGGUGCUGGAAACACAACCUUUAGUAGUUUUUAUGGAAAUAGUUCUAGUGAGAUUCUAGCAAACGGCCACGGACCAAGGCGUGAGUUAGCGACACUUUCGGAAGGAGAUUCUGAGCCAUCAAGUGAGUUCCUCGAGGCCAAUAGCAUAUCAAAGGGUGAAUUACCAUUCGUUGGUGGUACCGAAGUUCUUCUUGGAGAUCAGAGUCUUCGUCUCGAUAGUCGGCAAAGACGUCGAUCCGGAUCCAGUAUUGUUGUCGUGGGCGGUGAAGAUUCCGUGAAAGAUCAUCACCACCAUCAAGCGAGUGACUUGGAAAUGUUAACGAUGCUGUCUGUAAAUCAGGAUAAUGGUCCGCAUAGAGAGAUGGCCGUAGAUGUUCCGGAUUCAUUUAUUGCACGCAAUAAGACACCACCGCGAUACCCACCACCUCGUCCACCGAUUCAGGUAAAUCAUGGGAGUAUUGCGAUGCCACAAACACAAGUUUCCUCGGUUGGCGGUGGUACCAAAUCGUCCGCACAUAGUCAUCAGCAGAAUGGCUAUGGUGGGGGAGUCUCCUUGGAGCUUGAACCUCUCAAUAGUCUAAAUCAUCAUCAUCUGAAGGAUUCACCCUCAAUUGAUGACACAACAUCACAUGAUACGGUGAAAAAGUGCUCAAGUAAAAGUCCAUCCUCACUUGGUUCCACAUGUGAAUCCAUUGGGUUUGAUUCAAUGAGCUAUAGGACAAAUAAUAAGUCAAGAGGUUCCCUAAGCACAAGGAGCUCAUCAUCGGGCGAUUUGGGACCACCAGAGUAUGAUUUGGGGCCGCACAGAGAAUUACCCGUUGAUGUCCCCGAUACAUUUGUGGAGAUUGUAAAGGCACCGCCACGGUAUCCACCGCCAAAGCCACAAAUUGUCAAGGAAGUGGCCAAACACAAAGAUACCACACUACCAAGGGGGCAAGGGGAUAAGCAAUUGCCACAGCCUCAGGCUCCUCCUACAAGAAAUAACGAGCUAAAUGGAUCAGCAAAGCCAAUUCCACCACCUCGUGAUCAUCUGCGAAUUGAGAAGGAUGGUCGUUUGGUGAAUCGUGCACCAGCUCCACAAGUGCCCGAUCGUAAAAUAACACUUCAGCAACAAACACCGGGUCAAAUCGCACAAAUUGUCGAACCAACCCCCGAACAAUUGGAUAGCAUUAAGAAAUUCCAGGAGCAACUCAGACGACGACGAGAAGAGGAAGAAAGAAUAGCGCAACAGAAUGAAUUCCUCAGAGCAAGUUUACGUGGUUCACGGAAGCUACAAGCACUACAGGAUGGCCCAGUGGUCAUCAAUCCGAUUGGGGUGGAGAAUGAAGCCUAUCUGGAGGAUGAAGAAUUGGAAAGAAUUAUUGGCUAUGGUGAACUGGUGAGUGCACUGCAGCGUUUGCAGAAUCACCUGAAUAAGUAUGGAUUGGCAUCAUUGGCGGGUAGAGUGACGGCGGCGCAGAGUCUUCUACUGGGUCCGGGUGUGGCUCGUGCUCUUGCCACACGUACAGCCGUCCUGCAGCGUCGACGACCGCGUGUAACAAAUCCCAUUACAAGCAAUGUCCAGACCCUGGCUAAGGAUUGCAUGGAAUCACUGGCACAGUCAAAUUCACCAGCUGCCAUUGAAUUAUGCGGUAUACUGUCGUCGUAUGAGAUGGAGGGAUUAUUCCAGGCGCACGAUCGUGUCGCCACGACAACCGAUCGGAGUUGUUCGUCGUCACUCCUGGCGACGCCCGUAUCAACACCGUUGCCCGUGAAGCCACCUGUUGUGCCACAUACGGCCAAUACCGUAAACAACAAUCUGGCCAUUAAGCAGCGUGAACCCAUUGCCACACCCGUGGGUACCCUGCAUGACGGUACGCAGGAUCACAUACGAAUUAUUCGCAUUGAAAAGUCAUCGGAACCCCUGGGGGCUACAAUACGCAAUGAGGGUGAAGCCGUGGUUAUUGGACGAAUUGUUCGUGGAGGUGCAGCAGAGAAAUCCGGGCUCCUGCACGAGGGUGAUGAGAUUCUCGACGUGAAUGGCAUUGAGAUGCGGGGGAAGAGUGUGAAUGAUGUGUGUGCCCUACUGGGUGCAAUGACGGGUACUCUUACUUUCCUCAUUGUCCCAGCUGGGAGUCCACCACCUGGUGGCGGUGGUCGCGAUCCACCAGUGCUGCAUGUACGUUCCCACUUUGACUACGAUCCCGAGGAUGAUCUGUACAUUCCGUGCCGUGAAUUGGGGAUUAGUUUUCAAAAGGGGGAUGUACUGCAUGUGAUUUCGAGGGAUGAUCCCAACUGGUGGCAGGCAUACCGCGAAGGAGAAGAAGAUCAAACACUUGCCGGUUUGAUUCCAAGUCAAUCGUUCCAGCAUCAGAGGGAAUCAAUGAAGUUGGCAAUUGCCGGGGAGGCAGGACAGCGAGGAAAGACAAAGGAGCAAGCAAAGGGGGCAACACUUUUGUGUGCACGAAAGGGGAGGAAGAAAAAGAAGAAAGCCAGCAGCGAAGCUGGAUAUCCUCUGUACGCUACAACAACACACGACGAACCGGAUCCCGAGGAAAUACUCACGUACGAAGAGGUAGCACUCUACUAUCCACGAGCAUCCCACAAGAGGCCAAUUGUACUCAUUGGACCCCCAAAUAUUGGACGACACGAACUUCGACAGCGACUUAUGGCAGAUUCCGAUCGAUUUGCUGCAGCAGUUCCACAUACAUCACGCCCACGACGGGAUGGCGAAGUUCCUGGACAGGAUUAUCACUUUAUAUCGCGCGCACAAUUUGAAGCGGACAUCCUGGCGAGGAAAUUCGUAGAGCAUGGAGAGUACGAGAAAGCGUACUAUGGGACAUCCCUUGAAGCUAUUCGUACUGUAGUCGGAAGUGGGAAGAUUUGUGUGUUAAAUCUCCAUCCGCAAAGUUUAAAAUUACUAAGGACGUCAGAUUUGAAGCCAUACGUUGUUCUCGUGGCGCCGCCGAGCUUGGAAAAAUUACGCCAAAAGAAAAUUAGGAAUGGAGAACCAUUCAAGGAAGAAGAACUGAAGGAGAUUAUUGCAACUGCGAGGGAUAUGGAGGCUCGAUGGGGUCACCUAUUCGAUAUGAUUAUCAUCAACAACGAGACAGAACGGGCCUACCAUCAACUACUUACGGAAAUUAAUUCUCUCGAACGCGAACCACAGUGGGUUCCAGCAUCUUGGCUACAUAACUGAUCCCGCAAAAAGUUGCGACGGCUCAAGUAAAAAAAAAAAGGAAGAAAAUGUUCCGUUGCGACACUUAAAAGAAAAUAAAUGUAGGUAUGUUUACACUACAAAAAAAAUAUGUCUAUGAUAGUGAAAAAAAAAGGUAUUUUGUUGUCUGUAGAGGCGAAAUGUAAAGAGCGUGCGAUGACGCGAAUGAAUUAAAUUUUAGAGAAAAAAGAAGAAAACUAACCCUUAUUAUAAAGAUUUAGGCUGAAAAUAAUAAAUUUAAAAAAAAUGUGAAGAAUGAAUUUUGCGAAUUUGUAAGAAGUAAAUAGUUACAAAAAAGAUGUUUUAAAGAUAUUUUCCAAGAAAAAAAAGGAAAGAAUAUUAACGUGCGCGAACCUUUAACAUACAGCAGAUUUCUUAUGAUAGAGAAAAGCUCAUAAAAGACAUUUUUUGAAAAUAUAUUGUCGUUACAUUCUUGGUGGAAUUUUGUACGUUGCAAAUGAUGGUGAAAAAAACAUAUACAUAAUAGACUUUAUUUUAUAAUAUUACUUUUCUUAUUGCUCAAUCAAUUGAUUAUAAAAAAACAAAUAGUAAAAAACAUGUAGAGGACUGAGUGAGAAAAAAAUGGAGAAUGUCAUUAUAUAGAAAAUUAAAAUAAAUAAAAAGCAAUUUACAAAAAUCAGAAUAAAAGAAAUUUUCGAAUCAAUAAAGAAAAAUCUCGAAUUCACAUUAUUUGAAAAAAAAAGAAUUCAAGGGAAUUUAUAAAUAUCCCAUAAUCACCUCUUCUCCCUCCUCCUACACUCCACUCAGUGGAAAAUUCAAAACAAAAAGAAUAUUCAAAAGAAAAAAUAUAGUGAAAAAAAAUUUAAAUUAGGUGUGUUUUAGAAAUUUUAAAUAAACUAAAUAGCAAAUAGAGUUUUUUGAAAAAUAUAGAAAAAAGUGUUUUUUUUUCUAUUGCUGAGAAAAAAAGGAUUAUUAUUCUUAAUUCAAUCAGACUGAGAAUUAAUUUAAAGGAAAGAUUAAAAAAGUCGUACUUAUUAGAUUCCAUUUAUUAAAAAUAAAAAUGUUAAAGAUUUUAAAGAAGGAAGUUGAGAAAAACAAUGUAAUAGCAUUCAUAUUCUUUGUCUCAUGUUAUUUUUAAAGUGAAUAUUUCCAUUUUAGAGAGAGAAAGCGUGAUGAAUGAGAUAUGAGAAUAAAAAAAGGAGAUAUUUAUAGAAAAAAAAAAUAUACGACGUAUAAUAAAUUUAAAUUUGCUCACGUAAAAAAGAAUGGGAAAAAUCGUAAGUCAAAGGAUGGAUUUAUAUUAUUAUAUAAAUAAAUAUAAUAGAAUUUUCAUUGUCUCUUGCGCAUGAGAGUGAUUAACUACAAAAAGAAAGAAAAUAAAAAAGUAAAUUUUUGUGAACCGACAAAUUUCCAGAAUUUAUUGCAAAAAAGGGAAGUAAAGGCGAUAAACCCACAUCUAUGAUACAUUCAUAGAUUUAUUAUUAUUAUGUAUUGUAUAUAUUGUGAGAGAAAUGUUUAUAAAAAAAAGAUGAAAAGAAUUAGAAUAUAUGAAUUAUUUUUUUGUGUAUAUUCGGAAGAAAUUUAUAUAUAUAUAUAUUAUAAAAAAAAAACAAGAAAAAACAAGGUAUUAAAAAUGAGAAAAAUAUGACAUAGAUUAUUUGAAAGAAAAAAUGAAGGAACUAAUCAAAAUGUAUAUGUACAUUAGUUAAAAAAAUAAAAAAUACAAACAAAUGAAUAAAAAAGUCAAA